ACCACAUCGGAUUUCCUCUCGUCAUUUCCUUACUUUCAACGAACAUGAACUAACAAUUGACGUUAUGUGUUGCCAAAAGUCAAUAUUUAUGCACGAUGCUUUGAGAUACUUCCAGCUGGCAAAAAGUGUUGAUACCUUUGCACGCCUUUUGGUAUGAAUGAUCCUCGUUCCGACAGUUUGCAAAAAUCAUGAUUCGGGACGAGGCCGAGGAUAACAGAGACCGUGAACGACGCGAAGCUGAGGAACUUGCUACUCGGGAGAAAGAGGAGUUGUUAAGGCUGGAGAGGAAAAAAAAGGAUUGUCGGAAAGCGGAGCAGUAAAUUAAAAAAUCGAAGAUGGCGCUGUCAAGGAUGGAGAUGGAGCAACAACAUCGUAUGCCUGAAACGAACCUAUGUGACAAACUUGACGAGGUGGCGAAGGGAUCUGUCCGGAAGUCAGCGAAAGAGAAGGAAUUGGCGGAGCAAGGACCUGCUGCGAAUAAGCGUGAAGCUUUCGUUGUUGACAACAAACGACAAUUGAGAGGGUUAAAAAAGGAAGAGGUGCUUGCGAUUUGUUCCAAGGAGGGAAUCACUUACGCUACUCUGGAUCGUGCUAAAGAAGACAUUGUCAGCAAGAAAACAGCGUUAGCGUUUGGUGAGGAAGGCUCGGUGGAUGUCCCUGAUGAAUCCAUCAGUUCUGCAGAUCUCGUGAAGACUGGCGAUGGGGAGACUGUUUCUUAGUGUCUAUCCCGAGUGCAACGCAUUUAUGGCAUUUGGCUAAUUGGUGCAGUAACCUUCGAUUUUCUUUCCCUCGCCUCCUGCGUUGUCGGGCUGUGAAUCUAUUGUUUUGUUUAAUUGUGAUUCUUUUGAUUAUGUCUGACCAUGUUCCAUGGGCUUAUUCAAGGAUUCAAUUCUUCAGUUGAUUGGUGAUGGUUUGGAUCUGAGUAAGUAUGGAAUCCUGUUGGUUUAUAUUGUUGUAUCGCCAUGGUCUUGCCAUGUUUAUGUCAGUCAAAUCCGUAGGGAUCUGUGUACACGAUGGAAUAAACACGUGUUUCGUAC